UGCUGAGGGGAGGACGGGGCCCAGGGCAGGCGGUUGGCCUGGGCCAGGCAAGCCCCAGGAGCAGUUGGCUCUGGAGACCUUGGGCAACUUCCUCUUUUCCCGCCAGGAGGGGCUGGCCUGGGGGUGGGAGGUGGUUGCCACGGGCCUGGGUAUAAGGGCACCACCUUCACCGCCACCCUGCAGCCUCAUCAUGCCAGCACUCAGGCUCCUGGGCCUGCUGGCCGGCCUGCUGGCGACCUCUGCAGCCGGCGCAGCCCCCCUGGUGGACAUCGUGGGUGGCAGAAGGGCCCAGCCACAGCAGUUCCCCUUCCUGGCCUCCAUCCAGAACCAAGGGAAGCACUUCUGCAUGGGCUCCCUGCUCCACCCCCGCUUCAUCCUGACAGCAGCCAGCUGCUUCCGCAGCAGGAACUCUGGGAUUGCCACUGUGGUGCUGGGGGCCUAUGACCUGAGGCGGCGUGAGAGGACCCGGCAGACCUUCUCCAUCAGGGGCGUCAGCGAGAAUGGCUAUGACCCCCAGCAGAAUCUCAACGACAUGCUGCUGCUGCAGCUGGACCGUGAGGCUAACCUCACCAGCAGUGUGGCGCUGGUGCCGCUGCCCUCCCAGGACGCCAUGGUGGAAGCCGGCACCAACUGCCAGGUCGCAGGCUGGGGGAGCCAACGGCCUAGAGGGAGGCUCUCCCGCUUCCCAAGGGUCCUCAAUGUCACUGUGACCCCCUCAAGCCAGUGUCGCCCCAACAACGUGUGUACUGGCGUCCUCACCCGCCGAGGUGGCAUCUGCCAGGGAGACGGGGGCACCCCCCUUGUCUGUAAUGGCCUGGCGCACGGCGUGGCCUCCUUCUCCCGUGGGCCCUGCGCCAGGGGCCCUGACUUCUUCACCCCCGUGGCGCUCUUCAGAGGCUGGAUUGAUUCAGUUCUAAACAACCCGUUGGAUCAGCACCGUCCUGACAACAGACCCCCAGCCGAGCCAGUGGGGGGCCUGUGACCUCCUGUUGAGCAGCCCCCAUGCCACGCCCCAACGGUGCGGGUCAAACCCCGGGGCCCCAUCGCCGGCCGAACGGUUGUGACUCUAAUAAAGAAACUCCGCAUUGUC